CGGUAGGAGCCGUAGAGGCCUCAGGCUCCGGGGCGGAGCGCAGUCCAGCCCAGUCGUGGCUGUCGCCUGACUUCCGCUUUCCCGGCUGGCAGGCUGGCUGGUCGGCUAGCUGAGCUGGGGAAGAAGGCUUAGAGAGGGCAGGAUGGCUGGGGUGAGCGGGCAGGCGAUCAGGGCUGCGCGGUGCAGGCGCGCCACAGGCGUGCGUCUAUAUAAGUCUGCGGGGGCGGGGCGGCGGGGGUGUCACACGCACCCCGGGUUAAACGGCCCGCUCAGGGCCAUGGAGUGAGUGCAGCUGCUGCCUCUAGCACUCUCAAACCGCGUAGAAGCGGAGGAAGAGGAGGAGGAGGAGACAGAGGCGGCCGGCCCUUAGCGCUGUGCACACUGGGGUAUGCCUAAUCAACCAUAAAGUCUGGAUAGUUCCAUUCCAAGAGGGAAAUAAACAGGUGGGACAACAUGAAGUCCAAUCCUGCCAUCCAAGCUGCCAUUGACCUUACUGCAGGGGCUGCAGGAGGAACUGCAUGUGUGUUGACUGGGCAGCCUUUUGACACCCUGAAAGUGAAGAUGCAGACAUUUCCCAACUUGUACAGGGGCCUUGUAAACUGCUGCGUAAAGACAUACACCCAAGUGGGCUUUCGGGGCUUCUACAAGGGGACCACCCCAGCACUCAUUGCCAACAUUGCAGAGAAUUCUGUCCUGUUCAUGUGCUAUGGUUUCUGCCAACAAAUCGUGAGGAAGAUAGUUGGAUUGGAGAAGAAUUCAAAGCUGAGUGAUGUGCAGAAUGCGGCGGCGGGCUCUUUUGCUUCUGCUUUUGCCGCCCUGGUGCUGUGUCCCACGGAGCUGGUGAAGUGUCGACUUCAGACCAUGUUCGAAAUGCAGGCAUCAGGGAAGGUAGCGGAAGGCCAGAAUACAGUAUGGUCAGUAGUAAGGGGCAUCCUUCGAAAAGAUGGCCCUCUGGGUUUCUACCAUGGACUCUCCAGCACUUUACUUAGGGAAGUACCUGGAUAUUUCUUCUUCUUCGGUGGCUAUGAACUGAGCCGAUCAUUUUUUGCAUCAGGAAGAUCAAAAGAUGAGUUAGGACCCGUCCCUUUGAUGUUAAGUGGUGGCUUUGGAGGAAUCUGCCUCUGGAUUGCUGUGUACCCAGUGGACUGUAUCAAAUCAAGAAUCCAGGUUCUUUCCAUGUCUGGGAAACAAGCUGGCUUCAUGGGGACAUUUGCAAGUGUUUUGAAAAAUGAAGGUAUAGGGGCCUUAUAUUCUGGACUGAAACCUACUUUGAUCCGAGCUUUCCCUGCCAAUGGAUCCCUGUUUUUGGCAUAUGAAUACAGUAGGAAGUUGAUGAUGAACCAAUUUGAAGCCUACUAAAGUAUCUUGGUGGAACUGCAUAAAAAGACUGCUGCUGUCCAUCUCUGGGUCUCAUAGAAUAUGAAGAACAACAUGGAAUUGUUCUAACUUCAUGGGACCUUUUUCCCUCCUCUUCCCAUCCAUUUCCAUUUCCCCCAAAAACUGAAAUUGUACAUGCACUAGUUCCUGCUAGUGUUUUUGUCAGAGAUAAAGUUCUAUUUUUUUCUCCUAACUGGGAAUAAAUCCAAUGAGCUGUCUCUCCAGUGAACCUGUCUUGUGAAUGGGUUCAGAUGCGUCUAUGGAGGCUCUUUGCAUCCCUCUGUCCUUGUCUUUGGCAUGUGGAUAUUUUAAGGGCUUGAAGUGUAGGAUAUAGUUUGGCUUCUCAUCUUUUUUUUUUUUUUUUUUGCAUUUGGGGUUAAGUGGCUUGCCCAGGGUCACACAGCUAGUAAGUGUCAAGUGUCUGGGGUCAGAUUUGAACUCAGGUCCUCCUGAAUCCAGGGCCACUGCUGUAUCUACUGUGCCACCUAGCUGCCCCAGGUUUCUCAUCUUUAACAUAAAUUUCACCAGAAAAGACCUAGGGCUGAUCAUGUGUUAAUACAGCAUUAAAAGUAGAUCAAAAGAAGUUGUAAAUAAUUAACUAACACACUAAAUUUUUAGCUUCUUUUUCAAAAAUACCUAUUGAGACAUCUUGAGCAGUCAAUUUGUAAAAUAAACUUUUCUUUAUCUCUGAUGCUUAGAAAUGGAGGUAUCUCUCCUCCAGAAUUUAACGGAGAAGCCUAUGGCUUCCAGAAUGGCAUGGUUUCCAUUUUUCUGACAUUGGGUAAGUUUCAGAGCUGAUGUUUCCCCAGAAAAUCCAUUGGAUAGUCUUACCUGAAAUAACCCCAACAGUUAUUUUUUUAAAGUGGGACAGGCAUCUGCUCUGAUGUUAUACAGGUAAAUUUGGCCUGAGAUCAAAUCAUCCCAAAUCCAAUGACAAUAUCAUUGGUGUUUGCCUCCUUUUUUCUCUUAGAUCCUCUUCAGAAAACAACAACAACAAAAAAACUUCAUGUUUCCAUGGUUGGAUUGAGUUUAGGGAAGUCCAUAGGAGAGUGAUGGAGUACUGCUCUGAAGAGACAGCUCUUGAACUUCUGGUCUCUACUUGCCAUACCCUUGUAUGAAUAAAGUGACAUAGUCUAGGGUACCAACAAGAAAUCUACUUCUGGUCAUUCUUUGGUCCACUUUUCUGUGGUCUCCAACUUUCAAAGAGGGAAAGAUGGAAGACACCUACUUUGUACAUGUACGAAGUAAAUCCCCUUUUGCCCUUGUAAUUGUCAACUGAUGAUGGUGUGUGGGGUUCACUGCUCAAUCACACAAAUAGCACUGGAUAGGAAGUUAAUCUCUUUUUGGGGGGGGGCAGGAUGAUGAGGGUUAAGUGACUUGCCCAGGGUCACACAGCUAGUGUCAAUUGUCUGAGGCUGGUUUUGAACUCGGGUCCUCCUGAAUCCAGGGCCGGUGCUUUAUCCACUGCGCCACCUAGCUGCCUGGAAGUUAAUCUCUUUGUAGUGAGUAAUGUUGAUGUUAAUGCAUUCUGAAGUUCAUAUAAAGGUCCAUAUGUCACCAUUUAAUUUUUUAAUCCCUCUGAAAUUUGUCCCAGAGAAUGACUGAGUUUUAGAAAUGGUGCUUAAUGAUUUCUGAUUGUUAAUGUGUAUGUGAUGUGAAUACAAAAUUGCAAAACUGAUUUCUGUAAGCCAUAAGAAAAAAAUCUCAUUACUUUGUCAUAGAUCUGUGUGUAUGUAUGUGUGUGUAACAUUACAGUUUAUCUUAAAGGACUAUUUACCUGCUUACUUGCUAAUAGCUGGGUUUUUUCUCCUUCACCCAAUGGUCAUUGUGAUAGCUAAAUUUUUAAGCAUGUUCAUUGUGUGCACAGAAUUGGGUGGGUGGAGGAGCCCGAAGUUAUGGCUCACUCAUAAAUGACAUCAACAAACAUGUGAAGCUGAAACCAAGGACAAUGGCAGCCACACAGUCUCUACUUACUGGGACACUUUAGGAUGUUUCCAUGCUGAUAUUCACAAAUCCUUAUUUUAGCCUCUUCCCCAGCACUAUUUUUUGGUUUGGUUGGGGUUUUUUUUAACCAAUGGUGAACUCUCCCUUUAAAAUGGAUGAUUGGCAAUAACGGUCUCUGACAGCAGAUUGGAAAAUUCUGCCUUAAAAAAGCUGAUUUCUUUCAUUUUAAAUAAUUGUUAUGAAGCUAUCUCUACCCUACAUUUCUAGCACUAACUAGAAACAAGGGCAGAGGAGAAGUAGUGAUUUUGCUGAAAUUAGACAAGUGAUGAUUCUCUGGGGUAGGGCUCCAGCUACCUGAGAGGCUUCAGGUAGACUGGCCUUAGCCUCCCUCUGAGUCAGGGUCUCCUAACCUGGAAUCCAUUACCCUCAUGGAUAGAUUUUAGGGGGUUAAGUGAACUUGGAUGGGAUAUAAAUUACAUCUUUAUUUUCAUUAACCUUUAAAUGAAAUUUAGCAUUUGCUUUAAUACUUUCUGAGAUUAGAUAAUUAGACUGGAUCUACUUUCUGAUUCUGAGAAGGGGUCCAUAGGUUUCAUUAAAAUGCCAAAAAGGGGUCCAGGACACACAAAAAAGGGGAACCCCUACUCAUAGUGAAUAUUUUGGUAUUUCUCUUAAAAUUAUUUGUCAUUAUCUUUUGGCUAAUUGAGGUAGAGGAAAGAAACAAAAUGCCUACUUUAUCCCCUCUCAAAGGAAUCUUGUGCACAAAGACCUUCCUGCUCCUGCUCUAAUCUCCUGUUGUUAGCCCUGCCCUCAACCCAGCCAGGUUUCUGCAAAACACACGUCCUUUCAACAUGCUACAUGAUUUAGCAGGAGUCGUUUGAAGUACGGUGGGUGGAGUUGUAGACUCACCAAGUCACUUUUAUGGAAUCUAUUGGAUGAAUUCAUGUUUAACUUUGGAGUACAACUGGCACCAUUCAACAUUUUUUUUCCCAACAGGAGUAUUACUUCAAAUACCGUGUUUAAAGAUUCUCUGGUAUUUCAAUCAUUAAAUUAUUUCCCUAAUAUAUGAA